UCUUCCCCCCCAAUUAUAUGUAUGUGUGUAUGAAUAGCCCCAUUUUUCUCUCUAAAUAAUACAGAAAUGGCCACCAUCACUGCUUGCACCACAACUUCUUCAGUGGCACGUGCCUCCCUCGUGCAAAGGGGAUCUGUAUCCCGCCCCUCUUCUGUUCUUGGAUUACCAUCCAUGAGCAAGGUUGGAAAAGUGAAAUGCUCAAUGGAGGGAAAGCCAAAGGGAGAAUCAAAGUUGGGAAUGGGAGAAUCAUUGAUGGCAGCAGCAGUAGCAGCAAGCAUGUCAAACCCAGCUGCAAUGGCUUUAGUGGAUGACAGAAUGAGCACUGAAGGAACAGGGCUACCAUUUGGGCUCAGCAACAACCUUCUUGGUUGGAUCCUUUUUGGUGUCUUUGGUUUAGUUUGGUCUCUCUACACUGUGUACACUUCUGGCCUUGAUGAGGAUGAAGAGUCUGGAUUGUCUCUUUAAGCUUUUAAUUAAUUACUACUUAUGCACCUUUUAAUUCUUGUGUAUUUAUCAACAUAAGUACUUCUUUUGAUAUAUGUUGUAUCUGUCAGACUCUUCAAUUGAAGUAUUCUAUUUUCUUUUUUUUCUUUCUA